CCGGUGGGAGGCCAGGCCGGCUGGGUCUGAGGCUCGGGAUCGGGCUCGGACCGUUUCCCGGCGGGUCCCUGGCGGUGAGCGCCGACGGCCCGGAAGCGGCGGCUCUGAGCUGGCAGGCGGAGGGCUGUCUCCUGCGCCCGCCUGCCCGGCGCGGUCCGAGGAUGCGGGGGGGGCGAUGCCCGGGGCCAGGGACGCGCUCUGUCACCAGGCGCUGCAGCUGCUGGCCGAGCUCUGUGCCCGUGGGGCCCUGGAGCACGACAGCUGCCAGGAUUUCAUCUACCACCUGCGGGACCGUGCCAGACCCCGGCUCCGCGACCCAGAUAUCUCAGUGAGCCUGCUGACCCUUGUGGUCACUGCCUGUGGUCUUGCUCUCUUUGGCGUGUCUCUCUUCGUAUCUUGGAAACUCUGCUGGGUUCCGUGGCGAGAACGAGGCCUGCCCUCUGGUAGCAAAGACAACAACCAGGAGCCUCUUAACUGCACGGACACAGAGACCAAUGAGCAGGAGAACAGUGAGGACUUCCUAGACCCUCCCACACCCUGCCCUGACUCCUCCAUGAAGAUCAGCCACACCUCCCCUGACAUUCCCCUGUCAACCCAGACGGGAGUCCAGGAGAACUGUGCCCAUGGCGUCCGCGUGCAGCGCCAAGUCACAGAGCCAACCUCGUCGGCUCGGCAUAAUUCAAUCCGAAGACAACUCAACUUGUCAAACCCGGACUUCAAUAUCCAGCAGCUUCAAAAACAGGAACAGUUGACUGGAAUUGGUAGAAUUAAACCAGAGCUAUAUAAGCAGAGGUCAUUGGAUAAUGAUGACGGGAGACGGAGUAACAGCAAGGCUUGUGGGAAACUGAACUUCAUUUUAAAAUAUGACUGUGACUUAGAACAGCUCAUAGUGAAGAUUCACAAAGCUGUCAAUUUGCCUGCCAAGGACUUUUCUGGGACUUCAGAUCCUUAUGUCAAGAUCUAUUUGCUUCCUGAUCGGAAAACAAAACACCAGACUAAAGUUCACAGAAAGACCCUGAACCCUGUGUUUGAUGAAGUGUUUUUAUUUCCGGUUCCCUACAAUGACCUUGAAGCACGGAAGCUUCACUUCUCUGUGUACGACUUUGACAGGUUCUCUCGUCAUGACUUAAUCGGCCAAGUGGUGGUGGAUCACUUCUUAGACUUGGCUGAUUUCCCCAGGGAGUGCAUCCUUUGGAAGGAUAUCGAAUAUGUCACCAAUGACAACGUGGAUCUGGGAGAGCUGAUGUUUUCCCUGUGCUAUCUUCCAACGGCUGGCAGGCUGACCAUUACCAUUAUAAAAGCAAGGAAUUUAAAGGCAAUGGACAUAACAGGAGCAUCAGAUCCCUACGUGAAAGUCUCGCUGAUGUGUGAUGGCAGACGACUGAAGAAGAGGAAAACAUCCACCAAGAGGAACACCUUGAAUCCUGUUUACAAUGAAGCCAUAGUCUUUGAUGUCCCUCCCGAGAACAUUGACCAAAUCCACUUGUCCAUAGCAGUCAUGGACUAUGACCGUGUAGGUCACAAUGAGAUCAUCGGCGUGUGUCAAGUAGGCAACGAGGCUGAGAGGCUGGGCAGAGACCACUGGAGUGAAAUGUUGUCAUAUCCUCGGAAGCCCAUUGCACACUGGCAUUCCCUGGUGGAGAUCAAGAUUCUGUGCUUCUGUGUUAAGGCUUUGGGUUGGUACUUGGAGGGCAUCUGCGUGUGGCUCAAGCCAGCACAUAUACCACAGGGCAGCAAACCAAAUCUGAAUCUCAAAGCUUGCCAGACCAGCAAAGCGCCCACUGAGAAACUCUCCAGCUCCUCUCUCCACACACCUUCACCCCCAGCCCUGGGCACCCACUUCAGCAGCUCCCCACUCAAAUUAGUCCCCCUCCUGUAUGACACUGGGCUUCUGACACUGGCUGAAUUCCUGUCAGCCAUUGUCUCCAGUCCUGGGGCUCUCAGUGUCUCCAGAUACUCACAUGGGAUGAGAGAUCAGUAUGAACUUAUCUUCCUGGGGGAGGAAGAGGGGUUUCCAGCUGCAACGAGAGAGCAGCGUGCAGUGACAGUGAAGCACCAGGAUGUAGAACAAUGCUGCAAGAACACAUUCCCUGAGAGGCACUGUCUAUACAGUGGGGCCCUGGGGAAGUCUCCUCUUUGUGAGCUGACUCUUCCAGAUGGCUGUACUAGUCCUCUGGCUGGUGUCUGGGCUCAGACCAUCCUACCCUACGGCCCACAGCACGUGGUUCCUGUGCUGAAGUUACUAAAAAGCCCAGUUCUUGUAGCUGGCAUAGGACUGGUCACAAGACUGGCUUUUGCCCUGGCAUAA